AUGAGUAGCUAGAAAGGAAACUAAAAGUAUAUAUUUUGGUUCUUAUAAAGAUAGCCAUCUAUAAAUAAAUCUAUUAGAAAGAAGAGUAAAGACUCUGAUUCUAGUUCAUCUGAAAGAAGGUAUGGUAAAUUUUGGAAACCAAAUGAGGACACAUUGCUUCUUGAUUUAUAUAGGAAAUAUAAUGGAAACUGGCAAUAGAUUUCUGAUGAGAUGCCUGGAAGAAAUUUAAGUUAAUGUUAAUAGAGAUGGAAGAGAAUCAAUCCUAAUAAGGUAGUUUUAAAGGUUAUAGAAUAUUAGACGAAAUUACGUAAGUAAUGGACAGAUGAAGAGGACAAAAGAGUCAUAGAACUUGUAUUAUAAUAGGGUCGUAAUUGGAAGGUAAUCGAAGGGUUUAUGGAAGGACGUUCUAGUAAGUAAAUAAGAGAGAGAUUUUUAAACAAUUUGGACCCAGAGAUUAAUCGAUCAAAAUUCACAGUUCAAGAGGAUUAAAUAAUUUUAGAGUAAUAUAGAAUAUAUGGACCAAAAUGGAGUGAAAUUGCAAAAAUGUUAGAUAGAAGACCAGUAAUAAAAUGAUUAAAUUAAAUAGGAAAACUAAGUGAAGAAUAGAUUUUAUUCACAUAUAAAGAGAGUAAGUAUGUUGGAAGAAAAAUCAGAUGAUGAAAAUAGUGAUGUAGAUUCAUCUAAAUCUGAAUAGGCGCAUAUUCCUCCUCCAAUUUAAAUUUAUUAGCCUCUUGAAACAAUAUAAUCAAUAAAGGAGGAAAAUGAGAAUAUAAAAAAUGAUUCUUUUAAUAAUGUAUAGAAUUGCACUCCUUCAAAUAGAAUUUAACCUUCAAUUAAUUUGAUAUAAGGAUUGGAUUCUUUCGAUUCAAAAUAAUUUGAUGGAGUACACUCUUAAGAUAUAUCACCUUUUCAUUAAAGAAGAAUAUUGAAUGAAUAUAGUCCAAUCAAUUUUGAAUAUGAAAAUCAUCAUCCUAGUUUCGAUAAUGUAUAAGAGGAUGUUAAAGAGUUAAGAAGUUAGAUAGAAUGCAUAAGUUUAGAAAAAAUUAAUUGA